CCGAAAGAAGUCGAAGGAGGAGGGUCAUCCUCUUCAAAAUGAGUUUUUUUGGGUUCGGUCAGAGUGCUGAAAUAGACAUUGUUCUUGAAGGACAGGAUUCCCGUAAGACUGCUGAGAUCAAGACAGAGGAUGGUAAAAAAGAGAGAUACUAUUUGUACUAUGAUGGGGAAACAGUUGGUGGAAAGGUCAAUGUUACACUCAAGAAAUCGGGAAGCAAACUUGAACAUCAAGGAAUAAAAAUAGAAUUUGUUGGUCAGAUCGAGUUGUAUUAUGAUAGAGGAAAUCACCAUGAAUUCACAUCACUUGUCAAGGAAUUGGCCCGACCAGGGGAAUUAACUCAAAAUGCCAGCUACAACUUUGAGUUCCAGCAAGUUGAAAAGCCAUACGAAUCGUAUACGGGUGCAAAUGUCAGAUUGCGAUAUUUUCUUCGUGUUACAAUAGUGAAGCGGUUGACAGAUGUAGUAAAGGAACAGGACAUUGUCGUUCACACACUAUCUCAGUACCCUGAUAUGAACAACAGCAUAAAGAUGGAGGUCGGAAUAGAAGAUUGUCUACAUAUAGAAUUUGAAUACAACAAAUCAAAGUAUCACUUAAAAGAUGUUAUAGUUGGCAAGAUUUACUUCCUCCUUGUACGGAUAAAAAUCAAGCACAUGGAGGUUCAGAUAAUAAAACGAGAAACGACGGGGACAGGUCCAAACACAUUCAAUGAAAAUGAAACUAUUGCUAAAUAUGAAAUUAUGGAUGGUGCUCCAGUUAGAGGGGAGUCCAUACCCAUCCGUCUCUUCUUAAGUGGGUAUGAGCUGACCCCGACGAUGCGUGACAUUAAUAAGAAAUUCUCUGUGCGCUACUAUCUCAAUCUGGUGCUGGUCGAUGAGGAGGAGAGACGCUACUUCAAACAACAGGAAAUUACAAUUUUUAGAAAGUCUGAUAAAGUAAAAAGAAACUACCAAGCUUCCAUGCACCAUCAUCAUCAACACUUCGCUAGAGACCAACCGACAAAGAGUAAGACGGCGACACCCCCUGUACAAGAAAAUAACACAGACAGUGCUGAGGGAGAGAAAUGAGGCUGACUAUGUUGGUAGAGUGAUAGGACACUUCUUUGUUUGUGUGGAGAGAGAAGGAGACCAUGGGGCGUCUUCCUGGUCGAUCGGUGUGUGUGUAAUACUGUGAUUCAUGAUCAAAGACCUCGUAAUUCUAUUUACAAUUACACAUCUUUAAACAAGGAAAGACUUGGGGAUUGCCGCAAUACUGGUGAAGUGUGCAUUAACUUUAAGCAGUGCUUGCGUACGCUCAACGGAUGUAAUUUGAGAACACGAUUGUUAUUUGUUAUUGUCUCCCAUGAAGUGACAGUUGCUGCACUAAAGUCGGAAAUUUAGUUUUUACAUACAAUGUAUACAGUGCACUGUUUAAACUGGAGUGAAAGGGAAAAUGAUGAAAUACUCCGGUAUACAUUCAGAGUGACAAAAAUCACCUAGUCUAUUUUCACUGAACAGGACCCUGAUUUGUGCCAGUUUACAUUGAAAUCCAGAUUACGUGGAUCCUGUUGGAUUGGGUCAUCUCCGUAUUGUGGACUGACAAUCAGAAUUGAUUAUGACCACUUGAUAUAAAAAUGACAGCAGUUCCUUUCAUCACAUAUAGUAUAUUUUGGUGGGCAUAUAUGUAACAGGAGGCAUGGAAAGCUAUAUAAUUUAGAAUUCUGAAUACUUUGAACUUUAAAAUGUGUAAAUCUGAAAACCAUGACUUUAGACGUACAAAGUUCUGAUUGUCAGCUCUCAAUAUGUUACGCCUAGAUCACAUUAUUCGAUGGUUAUUGUCUGCAACCGAAUAUGUUCAGUCAUGCCAAAUGCUGUUAGGACAACUAAAAUUCAGUCCCAAACAACUGGGUUUUUUAUUACACACUACAAGACACGACUUGACUCAACUUGACAGUUGAGUUGUAUUGCCUUGUAUAAUGUUUUCCAGGCUUAAGUUGUGCCCAUUCAGAAGUGAUAGGAGUGAGGCAAUUAACAGGCAGAGUAUGGGGGAUAGGCUGGGUUGGUGAGUCAUGUGCAUUUUUAAAAUGCUGUUAUUGCAUGAUGAUAUAAUAAAUACACAGCUUAUUUUAAUUUCUUGAAACAUGCACACAAGUGUUAAUUCAUAAUGUUUGGCACUUACAAAUAAAUGUAACAAACAUUAAAGAACAUGCAGUUUUUAAUAUUUUCAAAUUGGUAGUGUUUCUAGCUGUUAGUAAUUACCUUUAAAUUUUACCUUUAAAUGUGUACGGUUAAGAAAAUGUACAGUUCUGGCUAACUGCCACACUAGCCGUGCGCACAUCUAACUAGACUUUAACUAGAUGUCUGUCCUUGCUGGUCCAUCUCAAUUGGUCUCAGCCAUUGUUUUAAAGAAAUUAUAUUAGCAUAUUUAAAACCCCAGUCUCAUAUACACAAAUUAUAUCCCGAAUGGGCCCGAUUUAAGAAUUCUUGGAUAUACGUACUGAGACCAUUGGGGGAUCCUGGCCUUUCAUCAGUAUUCUUGAAUGCUCUUGAUCGACUCCUGACUGUUUUGAACAUGUUCAAAACUGUCGGGAGUAAUUGUGAAUAAAGUUGAAAUCGUGACUCAAUUAUACGAGUUCUUGAGGGUAUCGUGUGUAACCGUAGUAUGUUCGUAGACUCAUUCGGGAUAUUCGUGGUUAAAUGUGGGGUAUUUUGUAUGACUGUUGAAGGGUCUUUCUUUGCCUCUGGUUCUCCACGGGUGCGCUGGCUCUUCCCUCAUCCUUUGUGGCCGUUUGCUGACUUGAAGAGCGGCAUGGUGAUGUUCACUGCUGGCAUGCAGAAUGUCAAAUGAAAUCUAGCCUGUUCAGCGUCUUGCUGCAGUCGUACUAGGUUCUUGACGCAGUUGUACUGAUUAUUCGUAUAGCAGUCGUGCAGAUUCGUAGGCAUGUCGUAGUAAUUCUUGACGCGUUCUGCAUUAAUCGUUAUGAUUCGUAGCGUAUUCGGGAAGGCAUCCUAGUAGGUCGUCCCGAUUCAUCGGGCUCAGGAUCGUAGUGGUAUCAUGUUAGUUCUUGCAGCAGUCGUGAGUAUUCGUACACAGUUCGGGAAAGAAGCCGAAUCAUACAAAUUAUGACAAAAAAUCAGGAAUAAUCGGGGCUGCAUAGGAUCGUGUACAUUCCUGGACAUUCGGGUUAUAAUUCAUGUAUGUGAGACUGGGGCUUAACACUGCAUUUUUGCAGCCUGGUUGGUAAUUUAGUUGCAUAUUAAUAAUUAGGUAUGACAGAUGGCUAAUCAGUUCUCAUAAUGUGUGAGAGAAAAAUUACAGUCCUAAUUUUGUCCAGCCCAGAAAUAUAUUUUGGUGGUCACAAAUAAAACUUUGAAGGGAGAAAAAUAGAAUUCUAGUCAUGAAGUUGUUUUACAUUCCAUACAUUUAAAAUGGCCAAAGAAUUAUGAACAGUAGUGGUAUGUUGGUAAAAUGGAAUAAUAAUGAAAAGUUAUAUAUGUUUUAAAAUUGCAGAGAGUAAUGAAUUGUUUAAUAUUUUUUAAACUGCAGAAAGCUGUGAAUGCAAGACUCAAACUUAAGAAUUUGUCACCCACAGCAAUUUUUACAACAAAUUGUGACGGAUGAAAUGGCCCACCAAUGGCAAUUUUGAGCCUCCCUACAUUAAAAAAAUUGUUUACAGUGACUUUCGCAGCAUAUGAACAAUACUGAAAGGUUAUUUUGCUGUAUGAAGUCUAUAUCUAAUGUACAAAAUUGUAUAUACAUUUUGGUGUAUAUAUUUUGCCGUCUUUGAGGAACUUUACCGCCAGCAGUCAUUUUUAUCAGGCAGUACUUUGUCAGUUGAUUUUCAGCUGGUGAUUGUUUUGAUUGAAACAUUUUGGAAUGUUUUCAAUCUAUAAACAAUUGUAAAUUGUUGAAUGUUUUUAGACUACAAAUUGCCAAAUGUUAAAUGGUUAAUUUACUGUAAUUCAACUGACUGGUCCAAAUCACUACAUUUUUUUCUCUCUUUUUAUUCUAACAUAAAAAAAAUUGUUACCUCUAUGAAAUUCUUUUUUAUUAAUAACACAAAGCAUGUAACACAGGCAUGAUUUGUCAUCCUGACAACCAUUGUAGUUUGUUGUGUGAUUAAUAAUAAUAUGGGCGAUGUUUUCAGUCCUGAUGAUUGUGUGUUAUGGGUGUGGAACCUUUGAUCAUGAUCCUAUUUCUGUGUCCAGUCUUCACCAAAACCGACUUUUAUCACGAUACAAACGAGUUAAUCGUAUGUGUGUGUGUGAGAGAGCGGAUACAAGUGCUAUAUUUUUUCCUGGUUUAUGUAAAAUACUAUGAAUACCAUUAGCACUGCUGUAUAAAACAUUUUAUUCAAGGAAUUGUGAGUAUAGGGCUGUUAAACAUGUGUAAAGGAACGUUAAAAUAUUUACAAGUAUACAAACAGUUUUCUGUUUCGCUACCACCAUCAUCUCCUCAAAGUGUCUCUUAAAAAUGUUUUACAAUGGAAAUUGUUACUGACACACACACACCCCCCCCCACACUUUUUUUUUUUUUUUUAAACGUAAGCUAGUAUUAACAGCCUUCACCCACCACCCACCACAUCCCCAGAGUACAGUUAACCACUUUGUACACACAUCAAAGUUUUGUUGAUGGUCCCUAAAAUGCCUGUAUAAAGUGUUUUAUUCAGUGAAUACAAGUCGUACAUGUAUUGCUGUACAAAACCUACUGUGUACAUUUUCAAACAAAUAGAGUAUAUAUUAAUAUGCUAUUUCCUUCUAGAUCAUUUUAUGUAUGUACAGAUUUAUUAAUAUAUGUCAUCAGUGUUUUGUAUAAUUAACUCACUGUGUGUGUAUAUACUUGUGUAUGUACUGUAAUAAGAUGUACAUGUAUGGGGUUCUUAUGCCCUUAACUGGUUCAUUAUUCGAUAACCUUUUUUUCCCUAUUUAUUUGUAAAAAAAAUAUUUGUUUUAAAAAAUGUCCCGAGAGUUUGCUUGUUCAUUGGAAUGAAAGUGAUGUUGCUCCAUUAAACAAAAAACUGCUAACAAUAACUAUUUUACCAUUAGUCUUUGUGAAAGCAAUAAUCGGGGUUUGACAAGUGACCCAUCCUGAUGCCUAAAAACCCCACAAAAACAGAAUUGUUUUGCAUAUGUUAUACAUACAUUGCAAGGUAUUUAUAGGCUGAAAUUCGAUUUAGAAUUUGGCUAGUCAUGCAUAGUGGCUUUUUAAAAAAUGUGUCAAACAUUUGGACACUGCAAUAGGCCUCAAGAUUUUACGGAAAUAAUCGUUUUCACUAGAAUAUUGGAAGCAGGUCAGCAAUAUUACAGAUUAUCAUGUGACAUAUUUUAUCCUGGCCUCAUAUGUUUUCGAUAUGAUAAGCAAAAAAUUAAAAUAUAAUAAAAACAAUACUUUGUACAUAAAAUAAUAUGUUACCUCUCUCAAGUCACAUUACUUUAUUGUGAAAAACAGUGAUAAUCUUCCAUGAACGCAAUGUUUUUCUCCAAAAAAAAACUAGCCGCUAAGUCGUACAGGUGUUUUCGCUAUAUUUUGACAAACAUCAUAUGUAUUCGGUAGUUUUAUUGGCUGUCUAUUUUUGUCCUUGUUAUGGAAGUGUAGGGUCUAUAUUCUGUGAAAUAAGUUACAUCAAAAUCGUCUUUUGAAAAUAAAAUCAUAAAAUGUUUGUAACUUGUAGAAAAUAUUGAAUUAUUUUCAGAUCAAUAAACAGUGUUCACCAAAAACAUAUUUACAUUAUGUUUUUGUCAUAGGUUAAUGUCUAAUCCUCUUGUUCUACAUAUCAACAACACCAAAAUUCAGAUUGUCACCUUAAGUAUUCUGACAGAGGUACAGAACUAUAUACUUUGAUUUGUAGUAAAUGUAAUGUACAUGUAAACAUGCCCCCACCAGAAAUUACUGAAAAGAACUUUGCUGUGAAUGACAUAAGAGGUAACCCAACCAGACUUCCAUAAAUUUUAUUGUUCAGUGUACUGAUCAUGUGGAAUAUCGUCUAACUUUGUCAAGUCAGAUGUUGCAGAUGAUAACUUUGCAGGGAUUUGUAAUACUUGGAUUUUGCUAUGUGAGGCAUUUCAUUAGUACCAAAAUAUAGUAUUAGGAAAAACUGAUAAGAUGCACAAUAGUUAUGGUAUUUUAAUUAAAACAUAAAGCUGGUAGUUUGAUUUGAAGCAUUUUCAUUAUCAAGAGAAAAAAGACACCCUGUUGUUUAUGUUCAGGUCAAUAGUGACAAAAUAUCUUGCAUAAUCUCGCAAUACAUGCAGUUACAAAGUAUGGAAAACAUAUGUCAAUGGAAAUUGCAUGACGGUACAAUACUAUUACCAUUAUUUCU